CUUUGUGAACUUCUUCAACCUUAGACAAACCUAGUUGUUCUUUGAUGCCUGAUUUCAGAGGCACUGAAAUUUUAGUGCCUCGGCAGACGAAGUUGAUGUCAUCCAUGCGUCUAACUGUCAAGGCGCUCGCUUUCCCGUGCAUCCUGCUUUCGCUCCUCCCAGUUGUCAUUUCUAUUGUCCAGUCUCAUUCCUGACAACUCUUACACCUCAACAUAAAUUGCAUCCACAAACUAGACGCGAGAGACUCCCGCAAUCUGGGGUCUCUACACUGACAACCAUGGCCGCAUCCCCUCGUCCUGCUCCCUCCCCGGCCGCUCUCCUCAUAUACCCAGCGACUUUGCUAUUAGGGUCCUUAUUCUCCGUGAUCUCGCCAGUAGCUCGUGCUACCAGAGACUUGUCCUCACGCCUGCCGCAGUCAUCUCCCCCCCUCGCACCUUCACUCGCCGCCGACCUUCACCUCUCCAAUAAUCCGGUCAAUUACUUUGCCCGAAAGAAUAAUAUCUUCAAUCUCUACUUUGUGAAGAUUGGAUGGCUGUGGACCACGGUUGCCUUUGUCUCACUACUUCUCUUCCAGCCUGCGUACCGUGCCUCAUCUUCGCUCUCCCAGGCCCAACAACAGACUCGUGUCCGGCGUACUCUUCAAGCCCUCCUCCGCUUUGCGAUCGCUACGACAGUAUGGUACUUGAUGACGCAAUGGUUUUUUGGUCCUGCGAUAAUCGAUCGCAGCUUUGUCGUUACGGGCGGAAAGUGUGAAGAGGUGAUCGGCCGAGCACAAGAGUUGGACUUGGGGGAAAGCCCCUCGGCCCAGGCACAGACUCUUUUCUCUGCUGCAGCCUGCAAAGCCGCCGGUGGAGCCUGGAGAGGUGGCCAUGAUAUCAGUGGUCAUGUUUUCAUGCUGGUACUGGCAACGGCACUUCUGGCUCACGAGGCGGUCGGUGCCGGGGCAUUCUCUGCAUUCUCAACAUCGACUCGGGCCGAUAGGGAAGGUGCACGUGACCGCAAAGCGAGUGACCCAGUCGUCUCUGGGAGUGGCGAUCAAGAUGGUGACUCUGAGUAUGCAAGGAAAUGGUCUCUACGCUUAGUGUGGGGUGUUGUUGGGCUAGGAUGGUGGAUGCUUUUCAUGACUGCCAUUUGGUUCCACACCUGGCUAGAAAAGUGGUCUGGAUUGACCAUUGCCCUGAGCUCUGUAUAUGUCAUCUACAUACUUCCGAGGAGCCUCACGCCGUGGAGGGAUAUUGUGGGCAUUCCGGGGCUAUAGAAAGGCAUCAUAAUUCCUCUUGUGGCGCUUGUACAUAUUUCAUUUGGCGAUAGACGACAUCGUUCCUAUACACGAUCAUGCAUUUACGGUGGAUAUGUAUUCAUACACAUGCUUGCUUGCAGGAGAAUUUCAAAAGAAAUUGAUCCUUUCAUUCUUAUUUCUCAGCAUGCAGACGUCAUUUACAUAUUCACUACAAACUCGAUCGCCGUUAGUUAGACAUCUUCGGCUCGGAGCCGAGGUACCCUGAACAAAAGGCUAGACGAGAGAAUCUGUUAGUAUAGAUAACGGUUAUAGAGCCAGUCAUGAACUACGCUGUUCGAGGCCACUAACCACCGGGAAUCAAAGCCGAAGCAAACAUCACUCGAGUAAUGGGCCGCAGGUCCGCAGGAGUCAGACCUGUCGAGGUGGAGAGUUCCAUAUACGGAUCCCAUGC